AUGGCCAGCAACCCCCAGCCGCAGCCCCCGCCGCCGCCACCGCCUCCCCCACCGCCGCCCCCUCAGCAGCCGCCGCCGCUGCCGGGGGUUGGGGCGGCGGCGGCGGCGGCGGUGGCGGGGGGGAGCGGCGCGGCCGAGCCCGAGUUGGUCUCCAUGAUCGUCAACCACCUCAAGAGCCAGGGGCUCUUCGACCAGUUCCGCCGAGACUGCUUGGCCGACGUGGAUACCAAGCCUGCCUACCAGAACCUGAGACAGCGCGUUGACAACUUUGUUUCCAAUCAUUUGGCGACUCACACUUGGAGUCCUCAUCUCAACAAGAACCAGCUGAGAAAUAACAUUAGGCAGCAGGUUCUCAAGUCGGGAAUGUUGGAAUCUGGAAUUGACAGAAUUAUUUCUCAGGUUGUGGACCCAAAGAUCAACCACACAUUCAGACCUCAGGUGGAAAAAGCUGUCCAUGAAUUUUUAGCAACAUUGAAUCACAAAGAGGAGGCAGGCCCCAGCACAGCUCCAAGUGAGGAGAAAACAGAUGCUUCUGUUGCAGUACAAGGUGUCUCUGCUACAGCAUCUAGUGGCAAUGUAGCUAGUGAUGCAAUGUCCAUUUUGGAAACAAUAACUUCUCUUAACCAAGAAGCAAGUGCUGCCAGGGCUUCAACAGAGAAUUCAAAUCACAGGAACAGUGACAGAGUUGCAAAAAGACUCUCAUCUCAGCAGAGCAUGGAUGGUAGCACUGAUAGAGAGAGAAAUGCAGAGGACUUGCCAGACAGAGACAAAGCAAUUUGUGAUCCUUCUGGAGAAGGGACUGAAACACUUGCAAAGUCUGAAGAUUCAAAUGAGCUGCCCUGCCAAAGUGAAGAAAUAAAGAAUUUAGCAAAGGAUACUAAUAAUUUGACUUUUACAAGUAAAGAAAUGCAACAGGAUAGUGAAGAUCAAAAAAGCAAAGUAGAUAAAUAUGAGAAGAGACCAGAGAACAGUGAAAAAGGUGAAAGAAGAAAAGAAAAGAAGGAAAAACUUGACAAGAAGUCUGACCAUUCAAAGAAAAGUGAUGAUACUACAAAGUCAAAAGAAGAAAAGCAAACCAGAGAGCUGGAACCAGUGAAGCAGUUAGCUCCAGAAAAAAAUAACAAUAAAUAUAAAACAACUGAAAGCAGUAAAGAAACUAGAGAAGAAAAUACAUUACUGGAUUCAGAUAUGGAUAUACUCAGUGACAUCACAGUCAGCUCUGUCCAUACCAGUGACCUUUCUUCCUUUGAAGAGGAGAGUGAAGAGGAGGCUGUAAUUUCUGACAGUACUGAAGAAGGGGAGAUCAUAUCAGAUGAUGAAGAAGAGAAACGUAGACAAAGCAAGACAAAGCUUCACAGUAAUGAGCUGAGUGAUGGGAAAGCCAAGCCUGCUCGUCAUGCCUACGUUAGGAAACCUUUCUUGUACUCCAAAUAUUUCAGUGAUUCUGAUGAUGAGCGAACGGUAGAACAGCGCCGUCAGUCCAUUGCCAAAGAAAAAGAAGAGAGGCUCCUAAGAAGACAAAUUAACAGAGAGAGACUUGAAGAAAAACGUAAGCAGAAGGCUGCAGAAAGAACAAAAUCCCUAAAAGCUGGAAAUCAAAAUGCUAAAGGAAAAAGUGGCUUGAACUUAGAAGAACCUUCAUCAAGGAGUCUUGAGUCAAAAGCUUCUGGUACCAGCAUUAAGGAUGUGCUUAAAGAACAGAAAUUUUUAGAAAAAAAAGUAGCCUUGAGCAGAAAAAGAAAAAGAGAUUCAAGGCAUGCUGAGGAUGGGUGCAAAAAGAAAUAUGAGCCACCUGAAGAAGAUGCUAAAGAACUGCAAAAGACAAAUGAGAUUUGUGAAAAAAUUUCUUCCAAAGAAUUGAAGCAUAAUCAUGGGAAAAGUGAAACUUCUAAACAGCUUAGAAGACUUUCAGAAUCAGUGCAUUCAACAGAGGAAAACAAAAAUGAUUCUAAAGCAGAAAAAGAACACAAAAGAAAAAGCUCCACCUCUCUCCAGGCUGAAGGAGUGCAGCAGGACAGUGAAACAAGAGAUGCAAAAAGACAACUGGACAGAGCAGAAGUCAGUACUGAAGAGCUACAAAAGCAGAAACCUGUAUUUAAAAAUGAAAAACACCCCAAAAAAGAUAUUGAUGCAGAAAUCCAACACACAAGAAAUGCCUCCAGAAAAGAAGCCAAGUCUUACAGAGAUAAAAAUGAAAAAGACAGAACUGCUUCAGAAGAUAAACUUCCUUCAAAGCACAAGUAUAAAGGAGACAGUAUUCACAAAUCAAGUGAGGAUGGUGAACUCCAUUCGUUUGAGAAAAGUUUGAAAGGUGAGGAUGGUGGUCAGAAACAUAACCAACAACUGAGAGUUUCCUCAGAUGAGAAGACUGAAAGGAAAAGUAAGCACCGAAGUGAACGGAAAACCUCGCUGACAGGAAAAGAUGGGAAAAGUAUUUCUGAACCAACCUUAAAAGCUGAAGAACUGCUGCGGAAGGAAAACAAAAAAGACAGACAUCUCCCAACAGAAAAAUCAAGAGCAGAAUGCAAGUCCAAAAGGUCCCUGAGUGAUCCAAGGCCACAAAAGGAUUCCCUAAGUGCCUCAAAGCAACCCGCUUCUGCAUCGCACAGGAGGAGCGAGAGCUACUCGGAAGAUAAACGUGAGCUGGAGUUGCCCAACUCUGAUGGAAGUUUGAAGCAAGAAGAUGGUGUACAUAAAGACAGACGAAGAUCUAAAAGCCUUGUGGAGGACAAGAUUUUGUUAAAGUCCAAGUCAAAGAGUCAUAGUAAACAAUCCAAAGCGUCUGAAACAGAAUUACAGGAAAAUCUAACGAAACAAGAGACUGGUCAGAAAUUAGACAAAGAUAAGAGCACAGAAGAGAAUGAUACAGAAAAGCAGCACAAAGGCAGGAAUGAAGAGAGAGUUUUUGAGGAGAGUGCUGCUGGGUCUGAGCAUGUUAGUGGCACACAGUCAACUCAGGGAUCACAAAAAGACUUAAGUCACAGAGCAAAGUUACAUUCUGGAGAAAGAGGAUCUGUAAAAGAGAAAUACAAAGGUGAUAAAGAUUUAAGUAAUUCCAAACUAGAAAGAAGGUUCUCAUCCGAAGGUCACAAAAGCAGAAGCUUAAAGCACAGCAACAAGGAAAUAAAGAAGAAGGAAGAGAAUAACAAAUUUGAAGAUAAAGUUGUUAAAGAAAUGGAUAGUGGGCAUGAAAAAGCAUUGAGCAUCACAGUGGCAAUGGAUAAAAAACAAAGUAAGAAGAUAACCUGUGAAAGUAGAAAAGGCAGUCUAUCAAACCAAGAUUUACUGGGAGAGGAAAAGCAAUCAGCUGCCACAACUGAAAGCAGUCAUACUGCAGGCCUGCGAAAGUCAAGCAUGAAUAAUGAUGACUUGCAUUCUGGUCAUGAGGAAGAGCUGAUGGAACUUGAUUUGAAACAAAAGAAAGUACAAGAAGCAUCUAACAUUGAAGGAAAAAACAUCAAAAACUCUCUUCAAGCCACAGAUGCCAAGUAUACAGCAAAAGAAAAAAUAUCUUUUUCCAAGAAGGAAUUAAAACACAGCUUGGCAGAUCCUGAAGCUUGUGAAUCACAGAUUCUGUCUGCAGGUGAAAAAACUGUUAAACAAGAACAUAACCCUAAUAAACAAGUUGGUGCCUUAGACACUUUGUCCAAACAAGCUCCCCUGAAUCAAGGACCCAGUAAACAAGGGGCUAAUAAAAUGGGGGUUGUGUGUGAAACAAGUGGUAGAACCUUACUGAAUGUUCUCAGUAAGGAUCAAGCUUUGGAAGGUAGCAAGAGACCAAAGAAUUUUAAAACUGUGAUAAAUUCUAUUUCAGAUGAUAUUCCUUUAGGAAUUAAUUCUUCCAGAGGAAAUGCUGCUGAUGCCAAGUCCAUGGAUAUGGAUAUCUCUGAUUUUACAGACUCUUUGGGUAAUGUGUCAAAAGAAUGUCACAAUUCAGACAAGACUUCUUUAUGUGAAGACACUUUCACUUUGAAGAAUGAUUCAGCACAGGUUGUAUCUGUGGAAAAACAAGAUAAUGCAGGACUGAGUUCUGUCACAAAGGAUGUUGGUCACAGCACCACUAUGGCCAACAGGAUAGAAAAAGAUAAUGAGGUGUCUCAGCCUGAUGAACAAGCAAUGGAAGAGAGUACAGCUGGGUUACCUAGUGAAGAAGAUGAUGGUGAAGCAUUAAAGUUAGAAAGCACUCAGGGAAGUGAGCUGAAAAUAAAAAUGGGAAGCUUGGUGACUGCAUCAGAAGAUUGUGGAGAUGUAACACAAAAAGAACUUCUAAACAGAAAGGAGAGAGAGUGCUUGAAUACACUGGCAGAUGGUUCUGCCAAGGGAGAAAGAAGCACAAUGGUGGAUAAUGUGAAAAAUAAUGAGGUUCAUGAUACUGAUGAAAUUAUACAAUCCUCCUCUGUACUAGUGCCUGAAAGAGCUCCUGAGGAAGCAGUCAAAGGCUCUGUGGUAAUCAGUGGGCAAAAUGGGAAUGGUGUGACUGGCAUUGAAGAUAAAAAUGAAAGCAAUGCAGUAGGUACCAGUGCAGGAAGCAGUAAACUUAGUUUGUUGUACAGCAGCCUACAAACAGCUCCUCCCACUGUGAUAGGAACUAGCACUGAAAAGGUCAUUGAGAGCACUGUUCCAGCAACGAGUACAGGAGAGGGAAGACCUGAGGGUGCAUCACAGUCUGAAAAGGACAGUGAUGCCACAACCACUUGCUCAGAAGAAGAAAGUGAGGUGAGGGUGAUCUGCACAAGCAUAGAAGCUGAUGAAGGUUUCACCACAGGCAUGUGGGUAAAAAGUAGUGAGGGUGGCAGUUUCAGCACAGAAGCAGAUAUUGGAGAGUGCACCAUUGCAGCAGCUGAAGAAGGGGGUGGCAACGUUGUCACCGAAGGGUUUGCAGAAAGUGAAGGUUUCCUCACAAGCACAGAAGAAGAAAAUUGUGCCAUGCUUGAUACAGAAGAAAGUGGCAAGGGUUCAGUCAAUGCAAGUGGAGUAGAAAUUGAAGACAGUGUGAACAGUGCUGGGGCAGAAGAAAAAGAUGAUGCUGUGACCAGUGCAGGCUCUCAAGAAAAGCGAAAGCCCUCGGCUUGUGUUGAUAGAGGCAAAUUUGAAAGUUCUGUAUCCUGCUUAGGUGAAGUGGAGAGUGAUGGUGCUGUAACCAGUGCAGGGACAGAAACAGGAGAAGGGGCCACAAGUGGUGACAGUUCAGGUGAAUUUAGGGGCAACGUGAGAGCUGGCCAAGUCAAAGAACACGAAGGUACUGUGACAUGCACGGGUGCAGAAGAAAGGGGUCAUAACUUCAGUGUCUGCUCAGUGACUGGUACAGAUGCCCAAGGAGAAAGCACUGUAACUGGUGCAUGCAUUGCUGUGGUCACAAACAACAGUGCCAUGGCUGGAACUAGUGGUGACAAGUCUGAGGAUACUGUAAAUGGUGAAAGUGCAGUGACCAGCACAGGCAUCACUCCAGAAGAUGAUGCUGAAAUUUCAGUAGUCUGCACGGGGCUGGAAGACAGCAAUGAAGGCUUUGCUGUUUGUUUAGAAGCUGAAAAAUGUGAAAGUCUAAUGGACAGUACAAGGGCAAAGGAAGAAGCCAAUAUUGCUACAGUCAGCGUAGGUCCCUGUGAUGAUGAAGGUUUUGUAACUAGUACAGGCUCAAAAGAAGAGGAUGAAGAAGGUGAGGGCAUUGUCACCAGUACAGGAAGAGGAAAUGAAGAAAAUGAGCAUGCUUCUACUUGUACAGGAAUGGAAAGUGAAAAUGCACUCAUUUGUGUGGGUGCAGAAGAAGGUGAAGGCUCCAUUAUCUGCAUAGUUGCUGAGCAAAUGGAAGCUGAGUCAGGAGUGGCUGGCACAAAUACAAGCAAGCUUACUGUCGACAGCAUGAUGGGUGCAGAGAAAGAAGCUAAUUGUGGCACAGACUGCAAAAAUGCUAAAGGGAUUGUUGAAAGCAGUGUGACCAGUGCCAGUGCUGCAGAUGAGGGUGCUUUGGCUGCACAUACAGGAAAGCAUGAAGGUCCCUUGCUUCCCUUGGAUGCUGAGGAAUGUGAGGGUCCCAUGACUAGUGCUAUGGCAGUGCAAGAGGAGAGUCAGUCUGGCACUGCAGAUGAAUGUGAAAAUGCCAGGGCUCCCUGUGGCAGCAGAGAACUCGAUGCCUCCAUAAGCAGUGCAGUUCCAGCAGAAGAUAACAAUUUUCUUGCUCCUGCUGGCAGAGAAGAAAAAGUAAAAGGUGAUAUCAUCUCUACCAGCACAGUGGAAGGAAGUGAUGCUCCCUUACAUUCAGCCAUGGAUGCUGAGGAAGGUCCUCUUGUUGUUGCAAGGGCAAAUGAAAGUGGGGAAAGGUCUAUGAUCUUAAUAGACACUGAAGACACAGAGGUGCCUAUGCCCAGCACAGCUGCAGAGUUUAAAGAGUGUGUGCCUGCUUUUAGCAGUAAGCAAGAGAAAGAUGAGUGCACUAUGAUUUCCACCAGUAUUGUGGAAGAAUUUGAGGCUCCUAUGUCAAGUGCAGCUAUUGAAUGUGAUGGUCAGCUCCCCUCUCUGAAAGCAGAAGAAAUAAAUGAGAAUGAUACAGUUUCUAUAGAUACAGAAAUGUAUGAGGUUCCCAUGCCUAGUGAAUCCAGUGCAGGAGGAGAUGAUAACAGUGAUGAGGUAACUCACCCAGCUGCUAGCAGUAAGGAAGAAAAAGAUGAGUGUGAUAUGAUUUCCACAAGUGUUGUGGAAGAACAAGUAAUCAUAAUGUCAGGUGAAGUCACAGAAGAAGCAACUCCACACGUGUCAGACACAGAGUCAAAAAAUGAAACAGUAAUGAUCUCUACAAGUACAGCAGAAUGUUUUGAAGCCCCUGUGUCUAGUGUAGCCAUGCAAGAGGAAGACAAACUUGGUGCUUCAGAAACAGAAGGAAGGUAUGAAGCCACUAUGAUCACUACAAGCAUGACAGAAGAGUGUGAGAUCGUCCUGAUCAGUGCAGCACCAGAAGCUGAAAGUCAGCUCAUGGUAGCAGAAGGAGAUGAAGAUGCUGUGAUCUCACCAAAUGCAUCAGAGGAAUGUAAGAUUGUGGAGACCACCUCAACUGUAGAUGAACAGUUUGGACUUGCUGCUUUCAGUGCAGAGGCAAAAGGCAAAGGUUCUGUGAUUUUUGUAGGGGAAUGUGGAACUCCUGUGCUGAGGGUUGCCACCAACAGUGAAGAACAAGAUGCUGCUUCAAGUCUAGGAGAUAAGGAGGAGGGGGCAGUGAUUGCUCUGAGCACCAUGGAAGAAUGUGAUAGUCUCUUCACCUUUACAGUCAUAGAAGAAAGUCAGCUUGCUGCUGAGAGUACAGAAGUAAAAGACAGACCUGAGGAAAUGUUUAAUACUGCAAACCAGAUCGAAUGCAUCUUAUCAGAUACAGGCCCAGAAAAAAGCAAUAAUUCUUUGCUUGUAAUUAGUAGAGAGAAUGAGAGCCAGGAGAGGGGUGUAAGGGAAGAAUCAGCAGCAUCUCAGGCCACAGUAGAAAGUGAAAUUGCAGAAACAGAUGAAAAUUCAGUGAACCUCAUGAAUGUAGAAGAAGCCCUUUGUGUGGAGAUCAGUACAGAGACUGCUGUGAGUCCAGGUUCUUCCUCAGAGUCAAAUGAGGAGGAUGAGCAAGCUGAAGAUCUUUUGCCUGAGGAUGCUGCAUCAGAACUCUCUUGUAUGAUUUCAGAAGCAGCAGAAGACAGUGGAACUGUAAGGAAUAAAAACUACAAAUGCAACUCAGACUUGCUUGUAGAAAGUGACUUUUCUGAAAUAAGGACUCCCCUGUCUAGGGCACAGACUCUUUCAUUAGUUUCUGCAAAUGAAGUGACUGUAAAUACCAACCAUGGUGAGGUGACAACAGAAGCAGAAUUAGGGGAAAAAAGUGACUUCCCUGUGUUGCAUGUAGAAGAGCUAUAUGGCAGUGAUGACAAAACAAAGUUGGCCAAAAUAGAUGAUGUUGGGAUUGAAGUUACUUUUCAGAAAAGUAACACAACCUUUAAUUCAGGCAAUAAGGCAUCUUUACCAAAGUUGGCAGAAGAACUAGGAUUUGAAACUAACUUGAGAGCUGAAGAGCCACAACAACCUGAAAGUCCAAGAACUGAAGAGGGAGAUGUGGAUCUUCAUACAAAAGAGUCUAAAAAAGAUUUGCUGCAGGGGAAUGUUGCUGUAGAAAGAGAAACUUUUCAUGUGGAAAACUUGAAUACCCAGGUAAAUGAAGAACAUAGAUCUAGAGGAAUACAAUGUGAAUCUUCAGGAACAGUGGAUAAAGAAAAAAGCAACCAGCUGGUUGUUCAGGAUGUGAGACAAGAUGAUGAACAAAGUCAGUGUUUGCAAACAAAACCUGGUAACCUCGAGGAAGCUAUUUCAGAUGAUGCAGCAGAAGUGUCCAAAGAAAUUGAUGUACAGCAUACACCUCCUGAAAGUGCUAUGGAAGAAAAAGAUGAAUUUAUCAUCGAGCAGGAAAUGUCUGAAAAGGAAAAACAUGGUCUAGAAUCAAAUGAAAAUUCUCCAGAGGAAAAUCAACCUGUAAUUGUGAAACGGAGAAGGGGAAGGCCUCGUAAAUACCCUCUUGAAGCUGUCCAGCCUGGUGGUGGGGAGUCAAAAGCUGAUAUGAGCACUGGGAAUUUGCAGUUCCCCAUCUUUGCGAGUAGAGGAAAAACACCUCAAACAGGUACAGACAUAUCUAAUACGAAAGAAACAACAAAUGAUGAUGAAACUGAGAAAGCAGAAAUCAUUGUGCGUAAAAGGGGAAGGAAGCCCAGGCGUUCUCUGGCUCAGUCAGAGGAAACUGAAACACUGGAGCCAGAAAGAAAACGUCGGAAAUUAACGUCUUCUGAAGAUGAACUAAAAGAGCAGGAGGAAGGUGAGGAAGAAGAUGGUGAGGAAGAUGAUGAAGCACAUUCCGGAGCCACAACUAGAUCAGCCACAAGAUUAGAAGCUCAAAGAAAGCAGCCCAGCAAGCCAACCACACGUGCAACUUCUAAGAGCAGUAGCCCAAGUUCAGUUUCUCCUAGAAAAAGACAGAACCUAGCAGCAAAAAAAAGAUCUCCAAGUGAUACAAAAAUUAAUAAAUCUCCUCCACUGACACAGUUAAAAGUGCAGCCUGCCAAACGUAAAAUGGAAGACAGCCCAACAGUGGUACGGAGAAAAGGUCAGCAGAAAAUAGAGGAGACACCAGGAAAGAAAGCAAAACGAUAAUCUUGGCCAUCUUCUACUGGAGAAGUCAAAAGAAGAAAAAAA